AUGUUUGGCCUUGGGACGAUUCUGUACACUUUUACGAUGCUGGGAAACAGCGUGUGCAUCCUAAACGAGGACAGAUUCCUGAACAACGUGGGAAUAUGCAGGAAGAGCGACCAUGCCUCAAUUAGGCAACUUUCCGAGCUGAUUAGAACUGUGAAAACUCUCUGUUUUAUCCCCCUUAUCAUUGUGAAUAGUCUCUUUAUAUGCUACUGGAUGCUUCUGGGGUAG